AUGCCAGAAGUGGCAGAUGACCGACGGCAGCAGCAGCAUCAGCGUUGGGUAGCCGUUGGUAAGCUGCACGGAAGCGCCUGCAGCUGCCUUUGGGUACAGCGGAAGUACGUGGCGUGUCGACAGUGUGCGCACAAGCCCUCUACGAAUGCAUUCAGUUGUGGCGAAGGCGUAUGGAGUCAUUUAUAUGUGCUCAUUGCAAGCUCCACCGUCGGAGGUGCUGCGGCCUCAUCUCUGCCAUGGCGGAAACGCCGCAGUACCCAGUCGUUACUGGGAGAGGCGUACCGGCACACGGCACGGGUGCCUCGCAUUGACGCCGCGAUGGAUGCGAUGCGUCACCCAACGGGUGACGGUGGAGGUGCGACCACCACUUCCCGGCGAGGCAGUGGCGCACACUAUCGACCACCGUUCUGA